GCCCGUCGCUCGGCCACCGGCAAAAUGGCGUCGCUCACGACCUGCUCGCGCUCCGCUCUCCUCCUGUCCCUUCGCAAUGUUGGGACAAGAGCCCUUGGCACAUCUGCUCCCCAGCUGGCUGUGGCCAAGACAAAAUCGUCGCUCGCAAAGCCGGGGUUGAAGAACAUUGUGCUGGUGGAUGGAGUGCGCACGCCUUUCCUCAUGUCUGGCACCCAGUAUAACAAGCUGAUGCCACAUGAUCUUGCACGACAAGCCCUCAAAGGACUGGUGACUCGCACUGGACUGGACAAGACCGCAGUGGACUACAUCACAAUGGGCACGGUCAUUCAGGAAGUCAAGACCUCCAACGUUGCCAGAGAAGCUGCUCUUGGGGCUGGCUUUUCCGACAGGAUUCCUGCGCACACCGUCACCAUGGCAUGCAUCUCCUCUAAUCAGGCUCUUACUACUUGUGAGUUUCUAUUUUUUUGAUGUGAUUAAUGAUACUUUUUCUGCUUAUUGGGGGGAAAAUAACUUUCUUUAGCCAACUAUUUUUGGCAAUUUUUUUUUUUUUCUUUCUUUUUCUGGCUGGUAAUAUUAGAGAUGUGUUAUAAACAACCAAAAUAAAAAAUAUAUUCAUAUUUUUUCACACCAUGUUGGGCUAUAAAUUUCCAUAAUAAACAAAAGUAAAAAAAAAAAAAAAAAAAAAA